GGUCUGGAACAUUGUCAAUAAUAUUCCCUUCCUGUGAAAUUCAAUCAUGAGAUAUGUGCUGACUUUCAGAUCACAUUUGAUUGACAGUCCACCAACUUACAAUGUGCACUAUGGCUACAAAAACUGGGAAGCCUUCUCGAACCUCUCCUACUAUACCAGAGCCCUUCCUCCUGUGGCAGAUGACUGCCCAACACCCAUGGGUGUGAAAGGGAAGAAGGAGCUUUCUGAUUCUAAAGAGGUGUUUGAAAAUGUUCUUUUAAGAAGAAAGUUCCUUCCUGACCCCCAAGGCACCAAUAUGAUGUUUGCAUUCUUUGCUCAGCACUUCACCCAUCAAAUUCUUAAGUCAGAUCGGAAUCCAGGGCCAGCUUUCACCACAGGACUGGGCCAUAGGCUGUACCUAAGUCAUGUUUAUGGUGAAACUCUGGAUAGACAACAUAAGCUGCGCCUCUUCAAGGAUAGAAAACUAAAAUAUCAGGUGAUUGAUGGAGAGGUGUAUCCUCCCAUAGUCAAAGACACUCAGGUGGAGAUGAUCUACCCUCCUCACGUCCCUGAACACCUUCAGUUUGCAGUGGGGCAGAAGGUCUUUGGUCUAGUGCCUGGUCUGAUGAUGUAUGCAACAAUCUGGCUACAGGAACAUAAUCGAGUGUGCGAUGUUCUUAAACAGGAACAUCCAGAGUGGGAUGAUGAGUGGUUGUUCCAGACAAGCAGACUAAUAUUAAUAGGGGAGACCAUUAAAAUUGUGAUUGAAGACUAUGUUCAGCACUUGAAUGGCUAUCACUUCAAACUGAAGUUUGACCCAGAGCUGCUUUUCAACCAACAAUUCCAGUACCAAAACCAUAUUUCUUCUGAGUUUAACACACUUUAUCACUGGCAUCCCCUUCUGCCUGACACCUUUCAAAUUCAUGACCAGGAUGUUUUUGGUGGCAGAAAUGUGCCAUCUCCAGUACAAGCAGUGGCCAAGGCCUCAAUUGACCAUAGCAGAAAUAUGAAAUACCAGUGUUUCAAUGAUUACCACAAAUGCUUCAACCUGAAGCCCUACAAAUUAUUUGAAGAACUUACAGGAGAGAAGGAAAUGGCGGCAGAGUUGGAAGCCCUCUAUUGUGACAUUGAUGCCUUGGAGUUUUAUCCUGCCUUCCUGGUGGAAAAGCCUCGUCCUGAUGCUAUCUUUAAUGAGACCAUGGUGGAAAUGGGCGCACCAUUCUCCUUUAGACUUUUGGGUAAUCCUAUGUGUUCUCCUCACUAUUGGAAACCAAGCACUUUUGGAGGAGAAGAAGGCUUUAAGAUCAUUAACACUGCCUCUAUUCAGUCCCUCAUCUGCCGUAACGUGAAGGGCUGUCCCUUCGUCUAA